AUGAAGAGGAGAAAUGCCGAAGGUGGCAAAUUUCGGAGACCUUUAAAGCGACCCAAAAUAACUGAAGGUAUAUCCGGAAGCUCUCUUCUAUAUGCAAAAUUUCUUACAUUAUGGGCUAUUAUACUUUUUAUUGACUUUAUUGUGGAAUUUCGUUUUGAGUUUCUUUGGCCAUUUUGGCUAUUAUUACGUAGUGUGUAUGAUUCAUUCAAAUACCAGGGUUUGGCAUUCUCAGCUUUAUUUGUUUGUAUAGCUGCAACUUCAGACAUGAUAUGCUUUUUCUUCAUACCAGUUCACUGGUUAUUUUUUUUAGCAAGUACUUAUGUUUGGGUACAAUAUGUUUGGCACACUGAAAAAGGAAUAUGCUUGCCUACUGUGGUGUUGUGCAUACUUUUUGUUUAUGUUGAAGCCAUGAUUCGUUUGAGACAUUUCAAACAUUUUCCAUCUCACAUGGAUUUGUGUAGACCCUUUGCAGCUCAUUGUAUUGGUUAUCCUGUAGUAACAUUUGGGUUUGGAUUUAAAAGUUAUGUGGGUUAUCGAAUCAGGCAAAAAAAGCAAAAAGAAGUUGCUAAGGAAAAUGAAUUUUACAUGCAAUUAAUUCAACAAGCAUUGCCUAUUCAAGAAGAUUUGGCUAAUGCUCCUGAAUUACUGAAUGUAACAAAUUCAGAAAAAAUUAGAGGUAGCCUUAGUUCAACUGAAUCUGAUACAGGGAAGAUAUGUGAAGGAUUUAGUAUAGGCCCAGUACAGUUAAAAAUUAUUGGUAAAAAUUAUCAUAGAAAGUCUUGUGACAAAGAUUUAGAAAAGGAUCGACAAGAAAAAAAAGUAGUACAUAUUAGUUUAAAUAAUUCUGUAAAUUCUGAAAUGGAAGGCACUGAAAAGCUUAAAACUCAGGAUAAAAUAAAUAAGGGGAAUCUCAACAAGUCUGUCUCAGAAUACACAAAUAAUAAUCAUAAAGAAAAAAAGAAUAAAUCAAAUAAAGAAGGGCAUUCAGAUGCGAAUGGAAUUGGUUAUAAAGAUGAAUACUUACUAAGGCUAGAAAAUGAUGUUAAAAAACUUAAAGUAGAUUUGCAAAUUAGUAAACAGUCAGAAGGAGAACUUCGUAGCCAAUUAAGUAAUAUAACUCUAAGUGAACGUACAACAAAAACAGAACUGACUCAGUUACAACAUCUUAAUGAAGAUUUGCAAACUCGACUUCAUAGCCUUGUUUCUGGUCGGCAAUUGGAUAAACAAACAAUGAGUCAGUUGGAAAAAAAACUUGCUGAAGAGCGAAGAGCGCGCGGGUCGUGCGAAGCUCAGCUAGCAGCUGAAAGAAAAGCAAAGAAGGCAGAAGAAGCUGCUGCAGCUCAAGCCAUAGCAAUGGCAACGUUGAAUAAAGGAGAAUGCACGGAAAUGUGUCGAUCAAAAAGACGAGAAUUUGAAGCUGAUAUCAAACAGCUUAGAAGAGAAUUAAAACUGAAAGAAGAAAGAAUUUUAGCCAGCGAUAGAGAAAUACAAAGUUUACGGCAAUAUAAUGAAAAUCAUAAUGAGAAAGAAAUAAUAAUGUCUGCUCUAGCAGCAAUGCAAGAAAAAAAUGCUCACCUUGAGAAUAGUUUAAGUGCGGAAACAAAAAUUAAAUUAGAUCUGUUUUCUGCUUUGGGAGAAGCUAAAAGACAGCUCGAACUUCGUGAAAGUCAUAUACGAAAUCAAGAAAAGGAACUGGAAGAAUUAAAAGGAAAAAUGGCACAAGUUUUGGCUGUAAUGCCUAAUGAAUCAUUUUGUUCUUCUCCUGUUCCUUCUUCGGGAACUUCAAAAUUCAGACUGUCAGAUCGUCACAUUCAUUGUUUUUCAAAAGGUUUUAACGCGCUGAAAAAUUAUCACGGCUUAACAGAAAAUUCCGUAUCGACAUUAGAUCCAAAUGCCACCGCAUACACUCCUAAAGGAGCUCUGGUCACAUCCACGGAAGCUUAA